CCGGCUCCUGCGCCUUCCCGCGGCAGCGCUCCGGGGGCCGGGAGGGGGGCUGCGAGGAAGGAAAAACAAAAAAAUUAAAAGAGGGAAAAAGAAAAAGGAGAAGAAGAAAGCUGCUCGUCCGAGGACAGCGCGCAGCACCAUGCAGCUGGCGCCGCUGGCGCUGGCACUCACCACGCUCUUCACCGACGGCUUGAGGACGGGAGCGAGGAGGCAGAAGCUGCACCCCAGGCAAGCCCAGCUGCUGGAGAAGCUCAGCGAGUACGAGAUCGUGACUCCUACCCGAGUGAAUGAGUUCGGUGAGCCCUUCCCCACCGAUGUCCACUUCAGGCGGCGCCGGCGGAGCACCAGUGCUGCCCCCGACGCCUGGACGGCGGCGGCCCCCGACUCCCCGAAGGCACACUACAGGCUGUCCGCCUUCGGGCAGCAGUUCCUCUUCAACCUGACGGCCAGCUCGGCCUUCAUCGCCCCGCUCUUCACCGUCAGCCUCCUGGGAGAGCCCGCCGCAGACCAACGGCGCCUCUACGCCGAGGCGGCCGACGCCGAUGUGAAGCACUGCUUCUACCGGGGGCACGUCAACGCCCGGCCCCGGCUGACCGCCGUUAUCAGCCUCUGCUCCGGGAUGCUAGGCACAUUCAAGUCUGAUGAUGGGGACUAUUUUGUAGAGCCACUCCUAUCACUUGAGGAACAGGAGUAUGAAGAAGAGCACAAUAAACCACAUCUUGUCUACCGACACCGGACACCUCCAACCAACUCUUCAGGGGACUGGCAGACUUGCAAUACUCCAGAUCAUGACCACAGUCACAAAAAGAACAAGCGGAAACACUGGAGAAGGCAAUGGGCAGAGAGCAGCAGCAUAUUAUCUGAUAUGGAGAUGUUGAAACACAGCCUGGAAGUGAAUUCUUUUUCUGGGGACAGCAACAAGACGGGGACCAUUGGUGAAAAGAAGAGCCACAAGCGAACGAAGCGGUUCUUGUCCUACCCACGUUUUGUGGAGGUGAUGGUGGUGGCUGACAGCAGGAUGGUCGCCUACCAUGGAGCCAACCUACAGCACUAUGUCUUAACCCUGAUGUCAAUAGUGGCUUCUAUCUACAAAGACCCAAGCAUUGGAAACUUAAUUAAUAUUGUUAUUGUGAAAUUGGUCGUGAUACAUAAUGAGCAGGAUGGUCCUGCAAUAUCUUACAAUGCCCAGACAACAUUAAAAAACUUCUGCCAAUGGCAGCAGUCCCAAAACCACCCAGAGGGAAGUCACCUUCGGCAUGAUACAGCCGUGCUUGUUACCAGACAGGAUAUUUGUAGAGCGCACGACAAAUGUGAUACUCUGGGUCUGGCAGAGCUGGGCACAGUCUGUGACCCAUACAGGAGCUGUUCAAUUAGUGAAGAUAACGGACUGAGCACUGCUUUCACCAUAGCACAUGAACUUGGCCAUGUAUUUAACAUGCCACAUGAUGACAAUCACAAGUGCAAGGAAGAUGGAGGUAAAAACCUCCAACAGCAUGUCAUGGCACCAACACUGAACUUCUACACCAAUCCCUGGAUGUGGUCAAAGUGCAGUAGGAAAUACAUCACUGAAUUUCUGGACACUGGUUAUGGGGAGUGUUUGCUUGAUGAACCUUCAUCAAGAACUUACACAUUGCCUCAGCAGCUCCCAGGGCUGAUUUAUGACGUCAACAAACAAUGUGAGUUAAUUUUUGGACCCGGAUCCCAAGUGUGCCCCUAUAUGAUGCAGUGUCGGCGACUUUGGUGUAUCAACGUCGAUGGUCCUCACAAGGGAUGUCGAACCCAACACACACCUUGGGCUGAUGGGACAGAAUGUGAGCCUGGAAAGCACUGCAGGUUUGGGAUGUGUGUGCCCAAGGAGCUGGAGGCGCCGGUGACAGACGGAGCCUGGGGCACCUGGAGCCCCUUCGGGACCUGCUCGAGGACCUGCGGCGGCGGCAUAAAGACGGCGAUCCGAGAGUGCAACAGGCCCGAACCCAAAAACGGUGGGAAGUACUGCGUGGGUCGUCGCAUGAAGUUUAAAUCCUGCAACACAGAGCCGUGCUCGAAGCUGAAGAAGGAUUUCCGGGAUGAGCAGUGUGCCGACUUUGAUGGGAAGCACUUCAACAUCAACGGGCUGCCCACGAAUGUGCGCUGGGUUCCCAAAUACAGCGGCAUCCUGAUGAAGGAUCGGUGCAAGCUGUUCUGCCGGGUGGCGGGGAACACGGCCUAUUACCAGCUGCGGGACCGCGUCAUCGACGGGACGCCCUGCGGCCCCGACACCAACGACAUCUGCGUGCAGGGCCUCUGCCGGCAAGCUGGAUGUGAUCAUGUGCUGAAUUCAAAAGCAAGAAGAGAUAAAUGUGGUGUUUGUGGUGGGGAUAAUUCUUCAUGCAAAACUGUUGCAGGCACAUUUAACACGGUGCAUUAUGGUUAUAACAUUGUGGUUCGCAUCCCAGCUGGUGCCACUAAUAUUGAUGUGCGUCAGCACAGUUACUCAGGGAAACCAGAGGAUGACAACUACCUGGCCUUAUCUAACAGUCAAGGAGACUUUAUAUUAAAUGGAGACUUUGUCGUCAGUAUGUUUAAAAGGGAAAUCAAAGUUGGGAAUGCUGUGAUUGAAUACAGUGGCUCCGAUAAUGGUGUUGAAAGGAUUAAUUCUACAGAUCGGAUUGAGCAAGAAAUAACACUUCAGGUUUUGUCAGUGGGCAAUUUGUACAAUCCUGACGUUCGUUAUACAUUCAAUAUCCCUAUUGAGGACAAACCUCAGCAGUUUUACUGGAACGAGCAUGGCCCAUGGCAACCCUGCAGUAAGCUCUGCCAAGGAGAACGAAAAAGGAAGCCUGUAUGUAAGAGAGAGUCAGAUCAGCUCACGGUGUCAGACCAGCGAUGCGAUCGAAUUCCCCAGCCUGACCCCACCACUGAGCCUUGUAACACAGAAUGUGAAUUAAGGUGGCACAUCGCGAGGAAGAGCGAGUGCACGGCGCAGUGCGGGCUGGGCUACCGCACCCUGGAGAUCUACUGCUCCAAGUACAGCCGGCUGGAGGGCAAGAUAGAGAAGGUGGACGACCGCUUCUGCAACAGCCAGGCCAAGCCCAGCACGAGGGAGAAGUGCACUGGGGACUGUAACGUGGGAGGAUGGCGGUACUCGGCCUGGACUGAGUGCUCCAAGAGCUGUGGCGGGGGCACACGGCGGCGGCGAGCCAUGUGUGUGAGCACCUACAACGACGUGCUGGACGACAGCAAGUGCAGCCAGCAGGAGAAGCUGACAGUGCAGCGAUGCAGUGACUUCUCUUGCCCACAGUGGAGAACUGGUGACUGGUCUGAGUGCUUGGUCACCUGUGGAAAAGGGCACAAGCACCGCCAGACGUGGUGCCAGUUUGGAGAAGAUCGAUUGAACGACAGGUUUUGUGACCCCAAGACGAAGCCGGAGUCAGUGCAGAUGUGCCAGCAGCAGGAGUGUGCCUCGUGGCAAGUGGGGCCCUGGGGACAGUGCACUGUGACUUGUGGCCAAGGCUACCAGAUGAGAGCAGUGAAGUGUGUUGUGGGCACCUACAUGUCAGUGGUGGAUGAUAAUGAGUGUAAUGCUGCAACCAGGCCUACAGAUACCCAGGACUGUGAAAUAGCUGUGUGUCCUUCCCAUCCAAAUAGUCCUGAAGCCAAGAGAGCCAUAUCAGGCAUUCACAGGACGCAGUGGAGAUUUGGAUCCUGGACACCGUGCUCCGCAACAUGCGGGAAGGGAACCCGGAUGAGAUACGUCAGCUGCCGGGAUGACCAGGGCUCCGUGGCCAAUGAGUCAGCUUGUUUACACCUUCCAAAGCCCUCAGCCACAGAAACGUGCACCGUGACACCAUGCGGGCAGUGGAAGGCCUUGGAGUGGAGCUCUUGCUCGGUGACUUGUGGUCAAGGUAAGGCAACGCGACAAGUGAUCUGCAUCAAUUACAGUGACCAGCUGGUGGAUAGGAGCGAGUGUGACCCAGACGACCUCCCUGCCACCGAGCAAGACUGCUCCAUGUCUCCUUGUCAUCCGAACAGCCAUGACUACGGCAGGCCCAUCCCCCCUUUCCUCUAUCCGGAUCAUCGCCUCAAACCACACCCUGGGGGCAGCCCGAACCGAAACCGUGCACAUAUACCGGGAGGCAAUCAGUGGAGAAUAGGCCCCUGGGGUGCUUGCUCUAGCACGUGUGCGGGGGGGUUCCAGCGACGGGUCGUGGUGUGCCAGGAUGAAAACGGAUACACUGCAAAUAACUGCGAUGAGAAAAGCAAACCCGUGGAGCAGAGAUCGUGCGAAUCUGGCCCCUGCCCUCAGUGGGCCUAUGGCAACUGGGGAGAGUGCACGAAGCCAUGCGGAGCAGGGACAAGGACACGGCUGGUGGUGUGCCAGCGCCCUAAUGGAGAAAGGUUUACAGAUCUGAGCUGUGAAAUCCUUGACAAGCCACCAGACAGAGAGCAGUGCAAUGUGCAGGACUGUCCUAGAGAUGCUGCCUGGAGUGCUGGUCCUUGGAGCUCGUGUUCUGUCUCCUGUGGAAGGGGCCAAAAGCACCGCAGUGUGUACUGUUUGUCAAAGGAAGGGAGGCAUGUAGAAGAAGAGCAUUGUAAACACCUUGCUAAGCCCAACGUGCAAAAGAAAUGCAGAGGGGGCAGAUGUCCGAAGUGGAAAGCAGGAGAUUGGGGCCAGUGCUCCGUGUCCUGCGGCCGGGGUGUCCAGCGCCGCUCCGUGCAGUGCCACGGCGGCGCCCCGAAGGCAGCCGAGGAGGCCGAGUGCGACCCGGCCAGCCGGCCACCCCCGCAGCGGGACUGUCACCUCCCCGCGUGUCCCACGCACCGCUGGGCGGCCGGAGAGUGGCAGGCGUGCACCAAGACGUGCGGGGAGGCGUCGCGGUUCCGCGAGGUGUUCUGCGUGGAUGAGAACAAGCAGCUGCAGAGCAGCGGCUACUGCGAGGCCAGCAAUCGCCCCGCCGAGGUGGAGAGCUGCGGGCUGCCCCCCUGCGAGUACAUCUGGAUCACGGGAGAGUGGUCAGAGUGCUCCGUCACGUGCGGGAAGGGAUACAGGCAGCGCCUCGUGUCCUGCAGUGAGAUUUACACUGGGAAGGACCACUACGAGUACGGGUACCAGAACAUGGUCAACUGUCCUGGCACGCAGCCCCCCAACAUCCAACCCUGCUACCUCGGAGAGUGCCCCAUCUCGGCCUCCUGGCGCGUCGGCAACUGGGGAAGCUGCUCUGUCACCUGUGGAGUUGGGGUCAUGCACCGCUCAGUGCAGUGCUUGACCAACGACGACCAAGUCAGCAGCUUGUGCCAUGUGGACCUAAAACCUGAAGAGAGGAGGACAUGCCACAAUGUCCAUGACUGUGACUUACCAAGGAGUUGCAAAGACGUUAAAAAUCUCGAAGGUGUCACUGAAGAUGGUGAAUAUUUCCUGCAAGUCAAAGGAAAGACAUUAAAGGUGUAUUGCUCUGGGAUGCAGACUGACAGCCCAAAGGAGUAUGUGACCCUUGUAAAUGGGGAUGCAGAGAAUUUUUCAGAAGUGUAUGGAUACAGAUUGCAUAACCCAACCGAGUGUCCGUAUAACGGGAGCAGACGAGAAGACUGCCAGUGUAGGAAAGAUUACACAGCAGCUGGGUUUUCCACCUUCAGCAAAGUAAGGCUGGACCUGAACACUAUGCAAAUAAUAACAACUGAUUUACAGUUUGCACAGACACAUGAUGGACGACCUGUUCCUUAUGCCACUGCUGGGGACUGCUACAGUGCUGCCAAAUGCCCGCAGGGUCGCUUCAGCAUAGACCUGUACGGGACAGGCCUGUCCCUAAUGGGAACAGCCAAGUGGCUCUCACAAGGGAAUUACGCGGUGUCGGAAAUUCAGAAAUCCCCAGAUGGUACCAAAGUAGUAGGAAGAUGUGGUGGUUACUGUGGGAAGUGCACUCCAUCAUCUGGAACAGGCCUCGACAUUCAGGUGUUAUAGCAGUGGUUCUCUGCGAGCAGCCAACAAAGAUGAGGGAUGGAUGAAGGAUAGUGAUGCAAUACCUCUGCCUUCCACUUUUAUAUCUGUGUAUAUGUGUAUAUAGAUUGCAUAUUCCUAAUGUACAGUAUAAUAUUUAUGUUUGGGAUUAUUUAUUUUGAUUUAAUAUUUUUGUACGUAAAAUCAUUAUAUUAAGGCUGCUUUUCCUAUUUUUAUUUUUUAUUGAUAAAUCCUGCAGUCAAGCCACUGCAUUUUGCAUACUCUACAUUAUAUGUAGCAUUAUGACAAGUGAUACUUAAUUGUCACUGUAUUCAGUUGUUUACUUUCAGUCAGUAAUUUUCCUUCAGUUAUGGGCUGCUUUGGCCCUCCACGGUGCUACACAAUCUGCAUAGGGGUAUUUUUGGCAUUUCAAUCUGUCUUUAUGCAAGGAAAUUAGACAAGAUGUGCUUAAAUUUUUAUUUUUAGGGAUUAGACUGACAGCACUCAAGGAAAACAUGACAAUGAAUACUGUGCUAGUUGCAUUAGCAAUCUUUAUCUUUUAGGUAUAUUUUGAAUUUCACAUGACCUCUGUGGCCAGUGCUGGAAGCACUGGUUUGGUGCUAACAUGAUAUUUAUUAAUGCUCUGUACUUUUAGUUAAUCCAGUGCCUUUAUCAUUGAAGAAGGGGAUAAAGGAGAAAAAUUGUCUGGCAAUUCAAAUCAAUCAAGAUCUAUCCCAGGUUUAGGAAAAUUCCUGCAGAUGGAUCUUCAGCUCAAGCCCCAUUUUUUUCAGGGUUCUGAAGUGAACUCACUUUUUUAAAAACAUGUAUCUUUGUCUCCUAAUUGCAUGUGCCACUGUGCUUCCUGACUCCAUCUGGAAGCGGGGUAUUAACUCAUCCCAGACAGGCUGAUCAGGCCAUAUGUUUCCCUGGGCUGUGUUCUCAGAAGAGACGUAGUUUCUUACAGACUUUGUUACAAAAUCCUAGCAUGAAGAUGAAAGCAUCCCUCUGGUGUUCCCUUCCCAUGAGGCUGGUGAGGACCGUGGGGACAGCACGCCCAGGGGUGGGGACAGCACGCCCAGGGAUGGGGACAGCAUGCCCAGGGAUGGGGACAGCACGCCCAGCCAAGCCACCCCUUCUCUUGGCCAGGGUACUCCCCUGCAGGCACUUACAGCAUUUCCCCAGCUUCCUACUCACUCCCAGACCAUCUGCAAAGGGAGGCUUUGCUGCCUCCUUUCAGCAAGAUCACUCUGUACCUACAGAUGAUUCUGCCCCCCCUUCAAAAGCAAGCUGCUGUACGCCCACUCUUGU